GGGCAAACAACCGCCACUUCUCUCUGUUGCCUGGUGGUUGCACCGGCCAUUCAACACCGUGCUGUCAACAAUCUCAUUUUUCUCUCCGUGUUGCUUUCUGGGUUUUGCUUCUUUUGAUCUAAAUUGGGGCGGCUUUCUGAUUCGAUUGAGCUUCCUUUCCGUCUGGGUUUCCCAAAUUCUCUCUGUAAAGUUGGUUCUUUGGGCUCAAGUUUCCUCUGAUUACAGCUAAAUUUCGUUGUUCGAGUGUUGCGGUAUUCAUAUUUUUUUAUCACAACAAAAUCGUUUUUCAUGUGUUGUUUGGGUUGGAAGCUUUGUUUCCUUUGAUGGGUAGUGCUCAAAUCAUGUGAAUUUCACGUCUGGUUACUGUUGAAGAGUACUCAUUACCCAUAUGAUGAUUUGGAUCAAACAAUGGGAAUUUGACAUGGGCGUUGUUCAACCGUGUUGAAUUUCAAAUUGAAGUUCAUAUUCAGCACUUUCGGAGAUCAUACAAUUGAUUAUUUGCCUGACUGAUAUCAAUAUUUGCUUCGGAGUCACUUCUACUGCAGAUUCCGAGGCGAAGUUUCUGCCUUUUUUGUGGCUUUUAGUCGUAGUUUCUCAUAUUUGGCCGAAGUGAAGACCACCCAUUUGAUAAUUAGCGUAAGAGAGCACAAUAUUUGCUUUGAAUUGUUUUAAUGGCGGAUUUCGGAUCAGAGAGUGCAGUUUUGGGCUCGGGAACGGAUGGAAGCAGUAGAAAAUGUGAAGGGGAAGCUGGGGUUUCAGGUUUGGAAGGUAGUAGUUCAUGUGAAGCUGAAGGAACUUCUGUUGAAUUAUUGAAGAAUACACCAUCAAACAUUGCGAGAUUGGAAGAUCAGAUUGAGCACUGUGAGGAAAGGCAGAAGUAUCUUGCACAGACUAGGAGUCCCUCUGAUGGCAGUGAUGUUCGUUGGUACUACUGCAAAAUCCCUUUGGCAGAGAAUGAGCUGGCUGCCUCACUCCCUAGCACGGAGAUAGUGGGGAAGAGUGAUUAUUUUCGAUUUGGAAUGAGGGACUCUCUUGCAAUAGAGGCGUCUUUCUUACAGAGAGAGGAAGAGUUGCUCUCUAGCUGGUGGAGAGAAUAUGCAGAAUGUAGUGAAGGUCCUAAAGAACGACCUAAAUCUGGUACUAAUUCUGAUUUGAAACUAAAAGCAUCUUCUUCAGAGAAUGCUCGACCAGCACAACUCUAUGAGGUUGAAGAAGAGAGAGUUGGUGUCCCUGUAAAGGGUGGACUCUAUGAGGUGGAUUUAGUUAAGAGACAUUGCUUUCCUAUUUAUUGGAAUGGAGAAAAUCGGCGUGUUUUAAGAGGUCAUUGGUUUGCUCGCAAAGGGGGACUCGAUUGGCUUCCACUUCGUGAAGAUGUUGCUGAACAAUUAGAGUUUGCAUAUCGUGGACAAGUUUGGCAUCGGAGGACAUUUCAACCAUCAGGGCUUUUUGCAGCUCGAAUUGAUUUACAAGGCUCUACCCCGGGACUCCAUGCACUUUUUACUGGAGAAGAUGAUACUUGGGAGGCUUGGCUAAAUGUUGAUGCUUCUGGUUUUUCGAGUGUUAUUAGUUUAAGUGGAAAUGGAAUUAAGUUAAGGCGUGGAUAUUCUCCAUCUCUCUCACCAAAACCGACCCAGGAUGAAUUACGUCAGCAGAAGGAGGAGGAAAUGGAUGAUUACUGUUCUCAGGUCCCUGUUCGUCAUGUAGUAUUUAUGAUUCAUGGUAUUGGUCAAAGAUUAGAGAAAUCUAAUUUAAUAGAUGAUGUUGGCAAUUUUCGCCAUAUCACAGCAAGUCUUUCUGAACGUCACCUGACUUCAUACCAACGUGGCACUCAAAGGAUCCUUUAUAUUCCAUGCCAGUGGCGAAGAGGUUUGAAGCUUAGUGGUGAAUCCACAGUUGAAAAAAUUACGUUAGAUGGUGUUCGGGGUUUGCGUGUCACAUUGAGUGCAACUGUCCACGAUGUAUUAUAUUAUAUGAGCCCAAUCUACUGUCAGGAUAUUAUCAAUUCGGUCUCAAAUCAGUUAAACCGGUUAUAUUUGAAGUUUCUUAAGAGGAAUCCGGGUUAUGAUGGAAAGGUUUCCAUAUAUGGUCACUCUUUAGGAAGUGUCCUCUCUUAUGAUAUCCUUUGUCAUCAAGACAAUUUGUCCAGUCCAUUUCCAAUGGAUGCGAUGUAUAUAAAACAAACUAGUAAAGAAGAAAACCAUCCUAGUGGAAGCAAUCAAUCCUCUACAUACAAUUCCUCCACCAAUCUGGAGAAUUCUAGUUUGAUCAAUGAUUCUCAGGACAUGGUGGUGCCCAACAAUGAAGACAAGAUGAUUUCACAACCUAGUGUAGUAGUUUGUGGGGAAGAACUUGCUGAACCUUCUGUUACAGCAGAUUUGGAAGAACCUUCUAUAAUGGCUAUGGAUUCUAACCAACCAAAUGAUAGCUCAUCAUUGAAUGAAAGUGUCCAUGAACAAGUUUGUGAUUCUAGUGACAUGUUUUCUCAAGAAAAAGAUGGCAUGGAUGAAGAUAUCGGCACAAACGAUAGGGGCAUCCCAAAUGGGGUUUCAGAGAAAAUACCUGAGGAGUUAUUUGAUGAUAAAAGCAAUAAAGAUGAAGAAUGCAAAUUGUUGAGAGAAGAGAUUGCUUCCCUGAAAGCAAGAAUAGCAGAAUUGGAAUGUCAGUGUGGUGGAAAUGAGGAAGGGUAUAAAGCUAUACCAAAGCAACCCUUUUAUGAAAGGGUUCCAACUGGGCAGGAUGUUGCACCUAGGAAUUAUACCCCUUAUAUUAAGUACACAAAGCUUGAAUUUAAGGUUGACACAUUCUUUGCAGUUGGAUCACCUCUUGGUGUCUUCCUUGCCCUCCGCAAUAUUCGUAUUGGCAUUGGCAAAGGUCAAGAUUAUUGGGGAGAGGAAAAUAUAAGUGAAGAGAUGCCAUCGUGUCGGCAAAUAUUUAAUAUUUUUCACCCAUUUGAUCCUGUGGCAUAUAGAAUAGAACCUCUUAUCUGUAAAGAAUAUAUUGGCACACGUCCGGUUAUUAUCCCUUACCACAAAGGUGGGAAGAGGUUGCAUAUUGGGCUUCAGGAUUUUGCAGAAGAUUUGGCUGCACGUUCUCAGGCAAUGAUGGACCACCUACAGUCUGUAAGGGUGCGCCCAUGUACACCUCCUGAAGUCAAAGUGCUCACAGUAUGCCAAUCGAAAAACAGGAAUGACCUGGAAGAUGAGGUGGAAAACUCCCAAGAAAAUGAUGAGAGAUCAUAUGGUUCAAUUAUGUUGGAAAGAUUAACUGGAAGUGAAGAUGGACGGGUUGAUCACAUGCUCCAAGACAAAACAUUUGAACAUGCAUAUAUAUCAGCCAUUGGAGCACAUACAAACUAUUGGAGGGACUAUGAUACUGCCCUUUUCAUACUGAAACACUUGUACCGAGAUAUACCUGAAGAACCCAGCUCAUCAGAGGAAGCCAAUGGAGGCAGCUCCAAAAAUGAGAAUGGCUCCACUGGCUGGACUGACCAACGAGAAGCUGCAGAUGAAGAACUUCCUUUGACAUUUGCUGAGAGAGUUGUAAUUAGAAACUUCUCAAGGAAAGCUAAGAAGAUCAUGCAGUCCUGAACAAUACUGAAUCUCCUCUUCCUACCUUGGUGGGAUUAAGCUGAAAGAGCAGCUGGUCACAACCAAGGCCGAGCCAUUAGCCAUUUCCUUGACCUUCAUACAGAGCAAAAAUGGGAAUGGGCAAUUGCAGUUUACCGGGAACCAAAAAAAUCUUUUGUAGAUGCCACUCAUUUGUUACACAGUUGCUCAUACAUAGAAAAUCUCUCUCCCUUUUCCUAUUUGUUUCCCUCUGUACAUUAUGUUGAACAUAGGACUAUCCCUGAAAAUAUUUUCUCACCCAAUUUUUAGGUAAUUUGUGCAUAUGUAAUUUAUUUCACCAGUGACUUAAGUGAAUUUUGCUUUAUUCA